UUUUGCCAUGGAACCCGAAGAAACAAUGGAAUGCAUCCAGGAGUUCCCAGAACAUUAUAAAGUUAUUUUGGAUAGACUGAAUGAACAGCGUGAGCAGGACCAGUUUACAGACAUCACUCUGAUUGUGGAUGGUCACCAUUUCAAAGCUCAUAAGGCAGUUCUUGCUGCCUGUAGCCAGUUCUUCUACAAAUUCUUUCAAGACUUCACUCAGGAACCUUUGGUGGAGAUAGAAGGUGUAAGUAACAUGGCAUUUCGUCACCUAAUUGAGUUCACCUAUACAGCAAAACUAAUGGUCCAAGGUGAGGAAGAGGCAAACGAUGUUUGGAAAGCAGCUGAGUAUCUACAGAUGUUAGAAGCAAUCAAAGCACUUGAAAUCAGGAACAAAGAAAAUUCAUCACCUCUAGAAUCAAAUCAAACACAAGGUAAAAAUAAACCAAAAAAGAGGAAGAUAGCUGAAACCUCUAAUGUUAUCACAGAAAUGUUGCCAUCUGCAGAAUCAGAGCCUGUUGAAAUUGAGGUUGAGAUUGCUGAAGGGACAAUCGAAGUGGAAGAUGACAGCAUGGAAACGCUUGAAGAAGUGGCUACUGCAGAGCAAUCCAUAAAGUACAUCCAGACCACUGGUACGUCAGAUGAAUCGGCGUUGGCUCUUUUGGCAGAUAUCACCAGCAAGUAUCGUCAGGGAGAGAGAAAAUGCCAGAUCCAGGAAGAAGGUGACAGUGCAACUGAUCCCUCGUGCAAACAGGAACACAUGAAAACACACUCUACUGAGAGUUACAAGUGUGACAUAUGCAAUAAAAGGUACCUACGAGAGAGUGCUUUGAAACAGCACCUCACCUGUUACCACCUCGAUGAAGGUGGCGCCAGCAAGAAGCAGAGACCUGGCAAAAAAAUACAUAUAUGCCAGUACUGUGAUAAACAGUUUGACCAUUUUGGGCACUUUAAGGAGCAUCUUCGGAAGCACACAGGUGAGAAACCGUUUGAAUGCCCAAACUGCCAUGAACGUUUUGCCAGGAAUAGCACACUCAAAUGUCACUUGACAGCCUGUCAGUCCGGAGCUGGAGCUAAAAAGGGAAGAAAGAAGCUGUAUGAAUGUCAGGUGUGUAACAGCGUGUUUAACAGCUGGGAUCAGUUUAAAGACCACUUGGUAAUACACACAGGUGACAAACCCAACCACUGUACCUUAUGUGAUUUGUGGUUCAUGCAAGGCAGCGAGCUGAGAAGGCACCUCAAAGAGAUGCACAAUAUUUCAGAACGAAUAGUGGCAGAAGAAGUUCUCCCAGUGGAAGCCGUGGAAGCUGAACCAGUAACAUCAAUGACUAUAAUAGACGUGGAGCAAUUACAUGUUGAGCACGUAAAUCAAAUACAAAUGGAAGAAGUACAGGCAGAACUUAUAGAUGGAACACACCUUGAGCAAGUAGAGUAUGAAAAUGUUGAUCAAGGGGAAGCAGAAGAGAAGGAGCCUAGUCCAGUAGAAGAUGCAGAAAAGGAAGAUCAUGAAAAAGCUGAAGACUUAAAAACUCAACAACUAGUAGAAACACAGCAUGGAAAGGUGGAUGACUAGGACAGAUUACCACAUUGUGCAGGUAUAGGAAUGAAAUACCAAAUUAUUUUUGUUAACUUCUACACUGGUUUUUGCACCAUUAGUGAUCAGCUUUUCAGUAGGCUGUCCCUAGGAAGCUGGGCAAGUGGACCAAAGUUAAUGUUCUUCAUGUACAACUAUAUAUCUCUCAUACAUGAGAAGUAACUUUCCCAUUCGUGUAGU